AUAAAUAAAUAAAUGUAUAUUCUGUCAGACGUUCCUAUUUAUUUUGUCUGCGAAUUCUUUUGCAUCCGCUCGCAGAGGAAACGACGGGGAGGGAACAGUCAACCGUUGAUCUAUGGCGACGACGAAGCGGCCGGGGGGCGAUGGGACGGAGGAGGAUAGGCGCACGCGGCGGCGCCGGGUGGCGGAGGAGGAGGUCACCGACGACGAGGUCGAGGAGUUCUUCGCCAUCCUCCGCCGAAUGCGGGAGGCGGCCAGAUUCUUCGCCGCGAGGAGCGGCGGCGAGGCGAAGGGGGAGAGGGAGAGGCAGCGGGCGUGGAGGUGGCGGCCGGCGUUCGAGAGGGAGGACUUCGAGGAGUCGGGCGGCGCCGUCGAUGAUGCCGGGAGGAGGAGGAGGAGCAGGAGGAGGGGCAUGGACGCGACGACGGAGACCAGUGGCGGGAGAGGAAGAUCGAGGGAGGUGACCGCGAAGGACGAGGUGGAGGAUGCGGUGGCGGAGAACGGGAACCCAGGUCUGUUCCUCGAUCUGAACGCCGAGCCCGCCCGCGAAGAAUGACCGAACGGUGAGCCUCGGCGGCGGCGGUGACGGAACCGGGCGGUCUCCUCAUCCUUUUAAUGCAUGUUAAGCUUAAUUUCCGGUGUUAUUUCGGUGUGGCUUGACUUAGUAACCAUUCCGACGCCAAGUUCAUGUUGUUCGAAGUGGAUUUGGUAUUCGUGACGUCUUCCUUUGUCGUUGUGUUUCCCUUUUAUUUAGGUAAAGGUGUGUGUUUCUCUUAGUUAUCAGUGCGAACCCACCGCCUGUAUAGGAUUCCGUCAUUCAUCUUCUUCGUUCAUGUGCACCGCCACUCUUCCGAAUGCCUCCAACCCUUUUAUGUGUAAUCUCAUCUGAAUCUUCUUGCUCACAGUACUGUAUUUAUAUUACUCUCUCU